UACAAACAUAAUUCAGUCGAUUUUUGCCGGAUCAAUUAAAAUUCGGCUUUUAAAUCAAGUUUCACGCCUAUUAUAACUGCAGAAUCGAAUCCAGAAUAAGCCUCUGAAUAUUUCCCAAGCACCGUCUUCAUAUGAUUUUUGCAUUUUGAUUCGCCGAAGCACACAAAAUGCCGACCGUGGUGGUGAUCGAUGUUUCGCUUUCGAUGUCCAGGCCAGUUAACUUGCCUGACUCUUCAUCAGAGUCCAUCACUCGGCGACAACUCGCUGUCCAAGGCAUCAGCAGUCUUCUCAAUCACCUGCACGUCAACUCCAGACUGGAGUUUGUUGCUGUGAUAGCAUUUUCUUCCCUAUACGACGUCGUGUGUCCGUUCACAAGAGACUUUGAUCUUGUCCGUUCGAAACUGAACAACCUUGAGGAAUACGACAAAACUUGUCUCAAAACAGCUCUGCAGGGAGUCUCAACGUUGGUUCUGGAAGAGUGGGGCAACAGCACCCAGUGCCAGAUUUUGAUUGUCACUGAUGGAAGUGUCGGAAUGGGUCCGAAUAGUUUGUCUGCGUGUCUUCUUCAAGACCAGUCAUCACCUUUGCCGUUUCCCUUCCCUUCCACCCUGAAUGUUGUCUGUCUGGCGAAUCCGGACGAACCAGGGAUCACACAGUCUAUCGCAAUGUAUCAAAGGCUGAUUGAACUUUCCGGGGCCCAAGGAUCAGUCCACGCCCCUGAUCAGAACCUAUCAGUGAAGUGUGUGACUUCACUUUUCCAACGACUGGCAGAGUCUCAGUACACCUCAUUUCACGGCACCCUGUCCUGUGGUAAACUAUCUUCCAGUAUUGUUCUGUCCCCCACACCGCAACCAUUUUGCACCACUGGCGAGGUUGAAAGCCGAAAAAGGAUUUCCCAAAAUAUUGAGAUUUGCGGGUUUCUCGACGUUGGUGACAUUGGCAGCCCAAUGGUGUUCUCCAGGCACCUUGUUUUACCAUUCGGGAAAGACCUUUCGAAUGUUGGUGUAAAUAUAGAUCUGAAUGAUUCGGAUGAUGAGAAUUCAUCACAAGACGAAGGACGCAUGGCCUCAUUUUGUGUUUUACUGCAUGGAGCUUUGAAGGUUGAAAAUAUGGUAGCUCUCUGCAUUCUUGGAGAAUCGUGGUAUGGGAUUAUCUACUCGUGGGCAGACACUAAGAAGAAAUCAAACAUAAUGCUCAGCAUUUUUAACCCAGGUCUGGAUGUCAUUCCUUGGUUGGGUCGUCUGGAUUGUUUAGGAGUGUUGAAGGGCAGUGAGCAGAGUGAAGGACUUCCUGUGAAGCCUGUUGAGAAAAGAAGCUAUGCCCAAAACCAUGUCAGCUGGAUCCGACAUGCUGGGCUGCAAUCAGACAUUCAAAAGAUCCUGCGCCACGCCAAGAAAUUGCCAGACAAAACUCAACAAUUCUACAAAGAGUUGAACCGAGUGAGGAAAGCGGCUCUGAUUUUCGGCUUCAUAGACCUUUUGGUUCGAUUGGCAGAAAUCCUUGACCGAGAGUGCCAUUCGUUGCCUGGCUCUGCCCAUCCAGACUGUGCCCUUCAACUGUCACACUCGGCGUCAAUUCUCAGAAGUCGACAGUGUCUUGAUGUAAAUUUUCUCAUUCAGCCUUUGAGAACCAAGUUUGGUCAGGGGGACUAGUUAUGUGAUUUAUUUUGUAAAUUUAUUGCAUUUUUUUUAAUUAAAGAUAAAAUUGAAUGGAAUAAUUUAAUAUUCCGUAUGUAAUUUAAAUGCAAAGUUU